AUGUCUUCCGGUAAGAAACAUAUUAAGACACAAUCUACUUAUGCAUUUGAAAGUAAUACUUCAAAUGUCGCUGCUUCUCAAAUGCGUAAUGCUCUAAAUAAAUUAGCUGAUUCUGUUAAGGAUGAUGAUGAUAAAAGAUUUAGAUUUGAAAAUGAGCUGGAUUCAUUUUUCACUUUAUUUAGACGUUAUUUAAUUGAAAAAUCUUCAAAGGAUAAUACUUUAGAUUGGGAUAGAAUCAAAUCUCCAGGUACAGAUGAAGUUCUUCGUUAUGAAACUAUUCCAGAUCAAAAUUCUGAAAAUGUUUCAACUUUAUCAAAACUAGCUGUUUUAAAAUUAAAUGGUGGUUUAGGUACUUCAAUGGGUUGUGUUGGACCAAAAUCUGUUAUUGAAGUUAGAGAUGGUAAUUCUUUCUUAGAUCUUUCUGUUAGACAAAUUGAAUCACUAAAUAGAAAAUAUGAUUCCGAUGUUCCUUUAUUAUUAAUGAAUUCUUUUAAUACUGAUAAAGAUACAGAACAUUUAAUUAAAAAAUAUUCUGCUAAUAGAAUUAGAAUUAGAUCAUUUAAUCAAUCAAAAUAUCCAAGAGUCUUUAAAGAUUCUUUAUUGCCUGUUCCAACGGAUUAUAAUGAUUCUUUGGAUUGUUGGUAUCCACCAGGUCAUGGUGAUUUGUUCGAAUCUCUAUUAUCAUCAGGUGAAUUAGAUGCUUUAAUUGCUCAAGGUAGAGAAAUUCUAUUUGUUUCAAAUGGUGAUAAUUUAGGUGCAACUGUUGAUUUGAAAAUUUUAAAUCAUAUGAUUGAAACUAAUGCAGAAUAUAUUAUGGAAUUAACUGAUAAGACUCGUGCUGAUGUUAAAGGUGGUACAUUAAUUAAUUAUGAUGGUCAAGUUAGAUUAUUAGAAGUCGCUCAAGUUCCAAAAGAACAUAUUGAUGAAUUUAAAAAUAUUAGAAAAUUUACUAAUUUCAAUACAAAUAAUCUUUGGAUUAAUUUAAAAGCUGUUAAAAGAUUAUUAGAACAAGGUUCAAUUGAAAUGGAAAUUAUUCCAAAUCAAAAGACUAUUUCAAGAGGUGGUCAUGAUAUUAAUGUUCUACAAUUAGAAACUGCAUGUGGUUCAGCAAUUAGACAUUUUAAUGGUGCUCAUGGUGUUGUUGUACCAAGAUCAAGAUUUUUACCUGUUAAAACUUGCUCUGAUUUAUUAAUGGUUAAAUCUGAUUUAUUUUAUUUACAACAUGGUGCAUUAAAAAUUGAUCCAUCAAGAUUUGGUCCAAAUCCUUUAAUUAAAUUAGGUUCUCAUUUCAAAAAAGUUUCAAAUUUCAGUGAAAGAAUUCCACAUAUUCCAAAAAUCAUUGAAUUAGAUCAUUUAACUAUUACUGGUAACGUUUUCUUAGGUAAAGAUGUUACUUUAAAAGGUACAGUCAUUAUCGUUUGUUCUGAAGGUCAAAAAAUUGAUAUUCCAAAUGGUUCUGUAUUAGAAAAUGUUGUCAUUACUGGUAACUUACAAAUUCUAGAACAUUGA